UUCUUAUAAAAGUGUUCAUCCUUCAUUAAAGAAAAAGUUCUGAACGGUCAUAUUCGAAGAACAUGUUUCGAUGUCGGUUCUUUUAUUAAUAAAUAACAACCCAAACCAAACCACUACUCAUAAGACAAAUAAAGAUUUUAUUUCUCUAUGCCACUUGUCACUACUAAUAAGAAAUAAGACGUAGAGAAAAUUACAUAUUUUUUGUUGUUAUAACCGAUUCUUGGUUUUUCAUACUAAAAGAGAAAUAACAUUCUAUACAAGAUGCCUGUUUAUUUUUGUAAAAAUUGCAACAAUAUGUUGAUGUUGGAAGUGAACGAUGCAAAUGAUCUUUUAUUGAAAUGUGAAACUUGCCCUUUUAGUGGCAAUGUGGAUUAUUUCUGUAGGACCAUUUAUGAAAGAAAAGAGGAGGACAAAAAUCCAGACAACUUUGUGGUGGACAUAAAGGAGCAAAGAAAAUUAAUACCUUCGACUACAGAGAAUUGUCCUAAAUGUAAUCAUCCUAGGGCAUUUUAUCAUCAAAUGCAGACGAGAUCUGCUGAUGAACCAAUGACUAUCUUUUAUCGUUGUUGUGACCCAAAAUGUAAUUACAGUUGGAAGGAUUGAAGUUAGUUGUUCUAAGAGUGUAUAUUUUUAUUUCUUUCAAUUUUCGCUAGGGAUUAUAUUUUUAUAUAAUUAGUAAAUAAUAUGAAAACUAAAUGUUUUAUAUGACUAUCUUAUAUUGUUGUUGAAAUCCUAUAUAUGUGAUUAUCGUUGGAAAGAUUGUAAAUAAUCAGUUCAUAAGUUGAUACUUUUACUCUUUUUCAUUCUCAAUAUUAUUUAUAACAUGUGAUACUAGUUUGUAGGUAAUUUAACUAUAAAAACAAAAUGUUUUACAUCAAAAUCAUGUACUCUUAAAAUACUUCUAUUUGUAUCUGAAUCAAUGUAAGAAAAAACCAAAUUAGAAUUUUUUCUUCCAUUCUUUUUAAAUAAAUUCUUAGAUGUGGAA